UAUUACUCAUUAUUCAAUGGGAUAAUGCUGUUUAGGGUAUUAAGGUUAAGAAAGGAAAUGCUAAAUUAUUUUGUAAACUUAGAUCCAAAAUACAAUUAUCUCUGAACAAGAUCUGAACUAUAUUAAUUAAAUUAAGCUUAUACAAGGUAAUAGAAAUAAAUCUAGAUUAGCUUGUGUCAGAGGGUAUUUAGUAAGAAAAAGAUAUUAGGGAUUAAUCUAAAAAUUGAAAGAAAAAAAUAUUUUAAUGAAGGAAUAGAAAUACAACUUAAAUGAGUUGAGUUUCAAUGACUCUACACCAUUUUAAGACACUAAACCAUCUUAGAUUACUAAAUUGGAAUGCUUACAAGCAGAAAAAAUAAAACGAUUGGACAAAGUACCUGAUUAUUUAGUUAAUAGAGUGAAUAAGGUAAUAUGACACUUUACUUUUAAUUUAAAGAUUCUGUAAUAAUAUACAUCAUUUAAUUAUGAUAAUGAAGAAGAGAAUAAAUUUGAUUUUUAGAUCCAUCAAUCGGAUGAUGGUUGCAUUUAUUAAGGACAGUGGAAAAAUGGGUACUGUAAAUAAUAAUUUUGAUGAGAUUGAAGCAUGGUUGUGGUAGACAAUAUUGGCUUAAUGGUUCAUAUUAUGAAGGAUAUUGGGCAGAUAACAUGUUCCAAGGAAGAGGUAGGUUAAUCAAAUUGGAUGGUGACAUUUAUGAAGGAGAAUUCAAAAAUAAUAAGGCUUCAGGAAAAGUUAUAGUAAUUUAAUAUCUAGGGAACUCUUUACAGUGUGGAAGGUCUUAAAUAUGAAGGAUAAUGGGAAGAAAAUGCCAAAAAUGGUUAUGGCACUGAAACUUGGUGUGAUGGAUCUGUUUAUGAGGGUUAUUAUAAAAAUGGUCUCAAAAAUGGAUUAGGAACAUUUAAAUGGGCUGAUGGAUCGGUCUACAAUGGAGAAUUUAUUAAUGGAAAUAUUGAAGGAGAAGGUGAAUUCAAGUGGGAGGAUGGUAGAAUUUAUAGAGGUCAAUGGAAGAACAAUUAAAUGGAUGGUUAAGGAGUAAAACUAUUAUCCGAUUUUAGAUUUUCCAAUGGCCAGAUAAUCGAAAAUAUUUAGGUAGCUAUUCGAAUGGUGUUAAAGAAGGUUUUGGAUCAUUUGAAUGGCCUGAUGGUAGAGUAAGCAUCAUAUUUUAUCUAAGAUUUAUAAAGGUCAGUGGCUAAAUAACAAGCAGCAUGGAUUAGGAACCUAUUUAGGAUCGAAUGGUAUAGAAAAGGAAGGAGAAUGGGCUGAAGGUAAACUAGUACGUUGGUAAAAGAAUAAAAAUCGAAUCUAAGACUCUUGA